GGAGACAGAGUAACCUUUGAGCUGCUCCCGGCCGGUGCCGGAGGGGCGAUGGAGGGGGGGGGACGGUGGCUUCUCCAGGCGCUGCUCCUGCUUCCAGGGCUCUGCGGGGGGUUCAAUAUCGACGUGAGGCGCCCGCGGCUCUUCCAGGGGCCGGCCCAGGCCCAGUUUGGCUACAAAGUGCUGCAGUGGGCAAGUGACGGGGAGAAGUGGCUGCUGGUGGGGGCCCCGUGGGCCGGCGACGGCCGAGGCGACGUCUACAAAUGCCGCGUGGGACCCCCCAACGCCACGUGCGCCCAAGCCAACCUCGGAGCCGCAGCCCCGGGGCCAGCCCGCAGCGUCCACUUCGGGAUGACCCUCCUGGACACCAAGGACGGCGGCUUCGUGGCUUGCGCCCCGCUUUGGUCCCAGGAGUGUGGCACCUCCGUCUUCAGCACCGGCAUCUGCUCCCGGCUGGAUGGUGACCUCCGGCCGGUGGGGACCAUCGCGCCCACGGCACAGCGUGAGUGGGGCUGCCCGUGGGGACGGGACGGGAUAUGGGGGGGGGGGACACACACACGUGUGCCGGGACGUGCCGGUGCCACCUGGGUUCCCCCCCCCUUGGCAGGCUGCUCCACCUACAUGGACAUUGUCAUUGUCCUCGACGGCUCCAACAGCAUCUACCCCUGGUACGAGGUGCAGAACUUCCUCAGCAACGUCCUCAGCAAGUUCUUCAUCGGGCCCGGACAGAUCCAGGUGGGGGUGCUGCAGUACGGGGAGCGGGCGGUGCAGGAGUGGGAGCUGGGGCGGUACCGGACGGCCGAGGAGGUGGCGGAGGCGGCCAAGAACAUCAGUCGGCAGGAGGGGAGGGAGACGCGCACGGCCCUCGCCAUCCGGCAGGCGUGCACCGAAGCCUUCAGCCCCGAGCGGGGCGGGCGGGCGGGUGCCACCCGGCUGAUGAUCGUGGUGACGGACGGGGAGUCCCACGACGGCGAGGAGCUGCCCGCGGCGCUGGCGGAGUGCGACCGGCGCAACGUCACCCGCUACGCCAUCGCGGUUUUGGGGCACUACCUCCGCCGGCAGCAGGACCCCGAGGAUUUCAUCCGUGAGAUCAAGUACAUUGCCAGCGACCCCGACGAGAAAUAUUUCUUCAACGUCACCGACGAGGCCGCCCUCAACGACAUCGUGGACGCUUUGGGCGAUCGCAUCUUCAGCCUGGAAGGCACCCACGGCUACAACGAGAGCUCCUUCGAGCUGGAGAUGUCCCAGAUCGGCUUCUCCAUCCACCUCCUGGAGGACGGGAUCCUCUUCGGCACGGUGGGAGCCUACGACUGGGACGGGGCCGUGCUGGAGGAGAGCCGGCGCGGCCGCGUCGUCCCACCCCGGAAAGCCUUCGAGAAGGAAUUCCCGCUCGAGCUGAAGAAGCACGCGGCUUAUCUGGGCUACGCCGUCUCCUCGCUGCGGCUGCCCGGCGGGCAGCGCCUGUUCGUGGCUGGAGCCCCUCGCUUCCAGCACAAGGGCAAGGUCAUCCUCUUCGAGAUGGAUGCCGCGGGGACCGUGACGGUGGCCCAGGCGCUGACGGGGGAGCAGAUCGGCUCCUACUUCGGCAGCGAGGUGUGUGCCCUGGACGUGGACGGUGACGGGGUGACCGACGUGCUGCUGGUGGCAGCUCCCAUGUACCUGGGUGCCCAGAACAGGGAGACGGGGCGCGUGUACCUCUACAGAGUGGGGCAGCGGCUCCUGGCCCCCGCCGGCACCCUGCACGCCGACAAGAAGCCGCAGGACUCCCGGUUUGGCUACGCCCUGGCCGCCGUGCCCGAUCUCAACCACGACGGCUUCAACGACGCGGUGGUGGGGGCUCCGCUGGAGGACGGGCACCGCGGGGCCGUCUAUGUCUACCACGGGGCGCCGGGCACCCUCCUGCCCCAUUACAAACAGCGCAUCGAGGCGGCGGCGCUGGGACCCACCCUCAGCUAUUUCGGGCGCAGCGUGGAUGGGCAGCUGGACCUGGAUGGGGACGGACUGGUGGACCUGGCUGUGGGGGCCCAGGGGGCGGCCGUGCUGCUGCGCUCCCGCCAGAUCAUCCAGGUCAACACGUCGCUGACGGUGGAGCCCCCGGCCAUCAACGUCAUCCAGAAGAACUGCCGGCGCGGCGGCACCGGCGCCGUCUGCCUCCGGGCCAGGGUCUGCUUCCGCGCGGGGACCCGAGCCCGGGGCCGGCGGGACAGGGAGGUCGAGCUCCGGUACAACGUGUCCCUGGAGGAGAGGACAGCGGGUGCCCGCGCUGCCUUCGACGCCGGCGCCCGGCGGCUGCUGCACCGGCGCCUCGAGCUCUCGCUGGGGAGGCAGAGCUGCCUCCGCUUCCCCUUCCACGUCCUGGACACCACGGAUUAUCUGCGACCCCUCAGCUUCACGGUGAGGUUGGCCAUGGCCGAAUCCACCGGGCCGGUGCUGGAUGAGUCGUCCCCCACCACCAUCCGGAAACUGAUCCCCUUCUUCAAGGACUGCGGGGAGGACAACGAGUGCGUCACGGACCUGGUGCUCGGGGCCACCAUGGACAUCGUGGGCUCCAGGCAGAGCCCCCACGUCCUGCGCAAGGGCAGGAGGAAGGUGAUGGUGGACGCGGUCCUGGAGAACAAGGAGGAGAACGCCUACAACGCCAGCCUGCUCCUCCGCUUCUCCAGCAACCUCCACUUCUCCAGCCUCACGCUCCAGGACACCAGCCCGGUGAAGCUGGAGUGCACAGCCCUGCCCGGGCACCGCCGGCUCUGCAGCGUUGGCUACCCCGUCUUCCGUUCACUGGCCAAGGUCUCCUUCACCCUGGAGCUGGAGUUCAGCUGCUCCGUCCUCCUCGACCGAGCUGAGGUCGCCCUCGAGGCCAGCAGUGACAGCACGGAGGCGACGCCGGAGGACAACGCCGUCCGGCUUUCCACCCCCAUCCGCUACGAGCCUGAGCUCUUCCUCACCAGCGACUCCAACCUGCACCGCUACGAGGUUCACCCCCUCGGCACCUUCCCCCACGGCCCCGGCCCCGAAUUCAAGACCACGGUGAAGGUGCAGAAUUUUGGGUGCUACCCUGUCCGAAACCUCACCCUCCGCAUGGCCCUGCCAGCCCUGGGCUACCGCCGGGCCACCUUCCUCUCCGUCACACGCGUCCUGGCCGAUAACGCGACCUGCGUGCUGCAGCCCCCGGCCGAGGAGCCGCAGCAGCGGGGCACGGCCACGGUGGUCCCUGUGCACCCCGAAGACCUCCUGCGCGUGGACAGGCUGGAUUGCGGCAACGCCUGGUGCCAGGAGCUGAGCUGCCGGCUGGGGCGGCUGGACCGCGGCGGGGAGGUCUCCAUCCACGUCCUCCGCACCAUCCACAACGACUUCUUCCGUGGGGCUAAAUUCAGGAGCGUGAAAGUCGUCAGCACGGUCUGGCUGGGGGUGCCGGGGAGCAGCGUGCUGGUGCUGGAGGAGGGGGCACAGCGGAGGGAGACGGUGCUUGAAAUCAUCCAGGGGAAGCGGGUGCCCAUCUCCCUCUGGAUCCUGGUGGGCAGCAUCCUGGGGGGGCUGCUCCUCCUGGCGCUCAUCAUCUUCUGCCUGUGGAAGCUGGGCUUCUUCACCCGCAAGAAGCUCCCGGAGGAGGAGGAGGAGGAGGAGAAGGAGCAGUGAAGGCAGGCGGUGGCCCCUCGAGCCCGGCGGGAGGGGACACGUCCCUUCCUCAGCUUUGGGGACAACCCGGGGCUCGGGCCUCUGCCACCCCCCCCGGCCGCGGGGGCUGGAUUGUGCUGGCGCCCGGAGGCAGCCAGGUGAGGUGGGGGGGGUCCAGCAGCGGGGCGGAGGAGCCCCCCCCCCCCCCCCCCAGAUUUGACCUGAAGGACUUGAGGGGGGUGUGUGUGUAGGGGGGUGGGGGGGUUGUGGAGGUGGGGAAAGGGGAAAAAAAAUCACCCCCGGGGCUGAAACACGCAGCUCCCCCAAUAAAGCUCAGCCCCGCCGCAAUGCUCGAGCGUGUGGUACCCGCCGCCCCGCCCGGGCUUGGGGAUGCUCCAGCAGCAUCACCCCCCACCCCAAACCCCCCCCCCCCCCCCCCCCCGAGCCCCUCAGCCAGGGAACACAAAGGGAUUGGGGAUAAGGGGAACCCCCAACCCCCCCUUCCAUGGCCCCUUUAGCCCCACGGCCCUCCCUGCCUGGAGGGGUCCGGAUUAAAUUCUGCCCCACAGGGAAGAAAUUCCCAACUUCGGGAAGUGCAGGUGAAAGGGAAGAACCUGGCAGGACCCCAAAUACUCCCCAGCGCCCCCAAACCUCACCCUCCACCUGUGGGGGGGGGGGGAGCCUGAAACGCUGGGUGACAGGGACAAGCAAUGAGAAAACCCCAGCGAAGAAAACCCUUUUCGGGCGCCCUUAAAGCAUUUUCCUCUUUGUCAUCACCACCCCCCGCGCCCGGCUCGCGCUCCCCAGGCCCCGGGCUGGCAGGUCCAAGGGGAACGCGUCUACACGCACCAAAGCGACGCCAGAAAAGCCCUUUCCAGCCCCCCCCCGGGGUUUUUUUCCAGCCCUUUGAGUCCCCCAGGAGCUCCUCAGCCGCCUCUUCCAGCCCCAACGAUCUUUCUCCGCGUUUCAUCUUCUUUAUAAAGGCCUUUAUUUGACUUAAUAGCAAACAAAACCACUAGUUUAAAUCGAGUGUACGUAGUACACUGCUUACAGCAAUGAAGCGACACGUUUAGACGCGACCCACCUCUCCCACGCGGCCGCUGCCGGGGUCUGACAUUGCCACGGGGGGGGGGUGGAGUGGGUGCCCCAAGUACAGACGUUACGCGGACGGUAAAAAAAAAAAAAAAAAAAAAAACAAACAAACCCAAGGAGUUAAACAUGGAUGAAAUGUUACAGAAGUGAAGGGGGGGGAACCAAACCCAAACCCAAACCAACAAAACAAAACCCAAACAACGACAAAAAGAAAUAAUCCGCAAAAAUAAAGCGACUCUCUUAAAGUUAUCGGACUACGGGAGAAUGAAGAUUUUUGUGUUAAACACCGCGGAAUCGGCUGUUAAUGUGCAGAGUUUGGUGCUUUCCUGGAGGAUGCCCUUCGUGUGGUCCCCAGGGAAGAAGCCAGCUAAGGAUCCUAAACGACUCUGGGGGGGGGGGACACGGGUUGGGACAGACCUGGGGACACAGGCCCGUGGAGAAGGGCUGGAAACACCACCCCCCCCCCCCC